ACGAUCACACUCGUUUGUGCGCGGUGAACGGUUGUUUCUCGGCAAUCGACACUCGUUUGUGUAUUGCGAAGACGGGCGGACGUACGUCGGCGUCGAAAGCGGAAAAAGCGCUAAAGCGAAAUAGCGAAAAAGUGCGAAUACGCCAGCAACAACUUGUUUUUUUUUUUGUCCAACCAGCGUCGUCGCGACAACAACAAAUAAGGAAUAUAAUUAACCAAAAACAUACAUAAGCGAGAGAGAAAAGCAGCCACUAAUACAUAUAUAACGACAAAUGCAUAAAAUAGUUUUGUUUUUUUGCCACACUGCAAAAAUGCAGUCAGCGUUUGUUUGUCUCCUUAAAUGAAUCCAAGCCCACUGUGAAAAAAAAGGAUAACCGGGGAAAAACCAAAAAAGGAUAUCAAUAGCCAGAGGACACCAAGAGGGCGAGAGCAAGACAGAGCAUUCAAGAGCGAAAGAGCGAGCGAGAGCGAGCUAAAGUGGAGCGAUGGCCAGCGAGGAUGUGCAGAUUACCAGCGUCAUCGAUGCAAAUGGCCAGAAUUUGCCGCUCCACGGCACCAGCUUGGGCGGAUCUCUGGGUCCGCCCGUCAAACAGGAGCGUCCCGAUGACGCCGAGAUACGCGAACUGGCCGCCAAGAUGAAGGAGCAACAGAAGCAACAGGCCGCCCAGCAGGCAUCCCGUCAAGCGGCCAUGCAGCAUUCAAAUGGCGGUGGCGGCGGCGGCGGCGGCUCCUCUGCCACAUCCGGUGGCAACAUGCAGCCACCGAUCACCAAUGGCAAUGGUCAGACAAACAUCAUGAGUUACCUGUCCCGUCAUCAGAAACUACCCAACGGUACCAUGCAGGUGGUGCCCGCCUUAGCAGCCAACGGUCGCUCCAAUGGGGCCAUCAGCAGUGAUUCUGCCGGUUCGGACAAGAAGUCCUCAUCAUCAGCGGGUCCCUGCGACGAGGAGUCGAUCAACGGGCACUUUGGUUGGGCCCAAUUCGGCAAGGUGUCCAUCCCAUACAUCUUUAGGCAAUCGGAGAAGUACUGCUCCGUUCGCAUGAUCGAGCUGAAACUGCUGGGCAAGUAUCUCAAUUGCCUGCAUCCCGACAUCUACUCCAGCUGCACCUGCGUGCGCAGCUAUUAUAUCACAGAUGCCGAGGCCCGUCUCUUCAUCGAGAUCAAUCACAAGCAUUGUGACAGCGAAUUCGGUCGCGAUAUCUUCAAUCAAAAGGAUUUGGUGGUGCGUCUCAGCGAUGCCUCCAAAUUCUAUCAGUUCCUCGACAUUUGCUAUCGCAAACUGGUCUCCGGCAGCAAGACGCCAUCGGAGAAAUGCGGCUUCAUACGCAUCAACAAGGAAUCGGUGGUGCCGUACACUGUGCGCAAUAACCAGCAGGUUGUGCCGCUCUUCUACUUCGAGGGCGAGACUGAGAAUCUAAAGACCAAGGCAGAGCUGCUCAAUGGCUGGGAUCUGGCCUAUCUGAAGUUCUGUUGCAAGGUGCAGGGCAUACGCAACGAGCUCUUCUCCAGCGAGAAUGUGGCCGUCAUUUCGCUGACGGACAUCAAGAGCUACUUUCCCAAUGGCACCGAAUUCGAGGACUAUUGGCCAAGCAAGGUGGUUGACUCGAAUCUGCUGAUUGGCAAUAGGGCCAAUGUCAAUAAUUCGGUGAACUGGACGCGACAGCCCUCGGCGCCGCCGCCCAAGGUGACGACAUCGGGCUCUGGAUCGUCGAGCGGCGGCGGUGGCGGCGGAGGAGGGUCCUCCUCUUCCUCCAGCGGUGGCGGUGGCCUGGGCCAGAAUUCCUCCACAUCCUCGUCCUCGAAUUCGGCGGGUGGCGGCGGUGGCGGCGGCGGCGGUGGUGGUGGUGGUGGUGGUCAACAGGUGACCUCCAAGUCGCAGCAGCAACAGCAACAUGCCUCGGCCGCAGCUGCGGCAGCUGCCUCGGCGCAACAGCAGCACAUGAUGAAGCAACGCGCCGCCGCAGCAGCAGCCGCCGCCGGCGCCAAUGGGGUGGCCAGUGCGGCCAACAGUUUUGGGGCAGCCGCGGUGGCGGCCUUCAAUUCCCAGGCGGCGGCGGCAGCCUCAAUGCUCCAGCAGUCGCAGGGCAACAACAGGAUGCUAUCGCAGGCCACCGUGCAGGCGCUGGCCAGCAGCGGCUGGAUGUCCGGGCAGAGUAACCUACAGCUCCACGCCCAAAUGAUGGCCCAGCAAACGCAUGCGAACGCAAAUCGCGUGGGAAGCUACCGGGAGCACAUGAACAACCUGAUGAUGAGCGGCGGCAGCCGGCAGCCGUAUUCCUACAACAAUCCCGCGAUCUCCAUGUCCUCGGUGAACAACCACAGCGGGGGUGGCGGGAACGCCCCACCUCCCCUCGUCCGCUCGGCGGCGGGCCAGAAUGCCAACCACAUGUCAAAUGUCGAGCAGUCACUGGUGCAACAACAACAGCAACAGACACAACAACCGCAACAACAACGACACCAGAACAGCACAUUUAACAACAACAACAACAACAACAGCAACAACAACCAUGCACCACAGCAACACUCCUCACCAAACAACCAGAACAAUACUAGCCACCACCAUCAUCACCAUCAACAACAGCAACAGCAGCAGCAGCAGCAGCAGCAACAUGCCUUAGCCAAAAGUCACGGCAGCAACAGCAACAGCAGCAACAUGAGAAGUAACAACAGCAGCAGCAGCAGCAACAAUGCCAGCAGCAACAACUCCAAUUCGGCGGCCGCUGUGGCCGCUGCUGCUGCGGCUGGCUAUGUUCAGGCUCUUUUAGGAGGCGGUGGUGUCGGCGGCGGUACAGGGGGCGUGGCUGUUGGCGCUGGCGCCAGCAGCAACAAUGCCUUCAACUACAACCUGCCCUCGACUCGAGCGGACUACACGAAUUUAGCCUUGUGGAAUCAACUGACACCCGCCCAACGUUUGCUCUUCAGUCAGCAGCUAAAGGGUGCAAGUACCGGCACUGCCCAUGGUAAUCCCAGCAAUCCCAAUUCGAUUCAUCAUCAUCCAACCGGAAAGCAAAACUUUCCAGCCCUGCCCUCCCUGCCGCUGGACACAGAUCUGAUUACCAUGCUGGACUAUAAUAAUCCCAAUAAGGCGAAUAAAAGUCUAAAAUCUGGUGGUGUUACCUUUACCAAACCCAUAGUGCCACCAUUGAUACCAGAUGGUUCGGGUGCCGAGAUAACUCUGACCAAAAGCAGCAGAAGAGGAGGAGGCGGUGGUGGUGGUGGUGGUGGUGGAGGAGCAUCAGCUGAUGGAGGAGUGGCCAGCACUGGAAGUGGCACUACCAUACCGCUUAACUCCACACAAGCUCUCGAGGAUUUCGAAAAGAAGUGCACCGUGAUGACGGACGAGAUGCGAGCUGUUAUACAAAAGGUUCUGGCCAAUCCGGAUCUCUCGACAUUCAUACAAACCAAUUCCAGUAGCAAUAAUGGUGCAAACAAUCAAAAUCACCUGGUACCUUCGUAUAUAUCGCCACCGAUGUCGCCAUCGGUGGUGGGUGGCCUAAACAUGGGCAUGGCCCUGGGAAAUGUGGCCACCCUGACAUUGGCCUCCAAUCCGAAUGUGACGAUAACACCACAGUUGCCGGGACAUUUUCUGCAUUCGCCAUCGAGUUCGUGUUCCAGUUCGAGUGCCUCGAAUACGGCGGCAUCACCGCUGAGCAGUGGCGGCGGCGGCGGCGGCGGCGGCGGUGGAGGGGGAUCAACAAGUGGGGCGGGUGGAGCCGGUGGUGUGGUGGGGUCAUCCAGCGGGGCAAGUGGUCGGCAAAAGAGCGUGAUUUGUUCAACCAAAAGCAAUAAUCUACCCAUGGCCAUACUUUCGCUAGCUAGCAAUAAUAAUUCAUUAGGGGUUAGUUCAAAUUCAGGCGGACGGCGGAGUAAUAAUAAUAAUAAUAAUAAUAAUCAUAAUAAUAGUAAUUACAUUCGUCAGACACACAGCCAAACUAGUAGUAACCACAGCAAUACACAAACCACCCAACAACAACAACAACCACCCACACCCACUGACGUAAUCGAUCUGUCCUCCUCCCGAAGGUCACUCGCUGCAUCGGCGGCCUAUUUGCAGCAACACUCAUCGGCGGUCGCCCAGCAGCAGCAACAGGUGGCAGCGGCAGCGGUGGCCCAGCAUCAACGUUUGGCCGCCGCCGCAGCCCAUCAUGCCCAGCAUGCCCAGCAAAAUGGACGCAGUUCCUCGAAUUCUGGUGGAAAUUCUGGCAGUUCAGCGAAUUCUUCAGGCAACAAUAACAAUGGUACAAGUAAUUCGGGUUCCUCGGGCAAUGGCUCAACCGGCAAUGGUAGUGCCUCAUCCAAUAGCGCCUCCAUGCAUCUGCAACGGCAUGCGGCAUUAGUGGCGGCGGCCAGUGCGGCGGAUAGUGCCCAACGGUUGUGCGUCAUACCCGAAAUACCCACCAACAACAUGAACCUGACGCCGUACAAGGUGCAAAAGGUGUGCGUCGACAAGCACCUGGUGCCCUGCAUCAACAUGAAGGCCUACAACGACUCCGAGCAGCUGAUGACCCUCAUCGAGUUCCAGAAGAACUUCUUUCCCUCGGUGCCGCUGGAUCACUGCAAGCGGCUGAUUGAGGCCCUCGGCGUGGAGCUCUACAAGGCGAAUCGGCGACAGGUGCAGAUCCUGAUGGAGUUCGACCGCAACUACAACGAGAACAUGCCGCUGGUGCAGGUGCGCGACAUCAUCAAGUACAUGACGCAGCUGACCUUCAUGACGCGCCAGCCGGAGCAGCCGCCGGCCAAAAGGACGCGCACGAGCUAGGAAUUAAGCUGGGGAGCACAACAUUUGCCACCAACAACAACAACAACAACCACAACAAAAACAGCAGCAGCAGCAGCCACAAUACCAACAACCACACCGACAACACAACCAACAUCCAGCACAACAACAGCCACAACAGGCAGCAACAUUGCAGCCACAGUUCAUACAAGAUCAACAGCUACAUCAUCAUCAGCAGCAGCAGCAGCAGCAGCAGCAUCUUUGGUGGCAGGCACUUCGUUGAGGAGACGGGCCCUCACACCGCCAGCGAAUGUGAGCGGUGGCGAAGUUCUGACCAGGCGGAGGGCACUAGCACCGCCGCCAGCUCCACCAGUUCCUGCCACACCACCUGGCACAGGAAGCCGAGGAUCUCCUGCAACAUCAGCAACACCAGCACACACCACCAGCAACACAUACGAAAUGUUGUACUCCCACAACCCACACCCGCACCAUCCAGCCGCCCAGCAUCACACAGCAGCCCAGCAGCAGCAGCACCACCACCAUCAGCAGCAGCAUGAGCAGCAGCGUCUGUUGAAGAAGCGGCAGCAUGCAGAGCAGACGGCUGCCAAAAAUCCCCGAACUGCUGCGGCGGCGGCUCAAAAAAUGGCCGAAGCGGAGCAUGCGUACUUAUCUAAUUUAUAUGGCAAGGCGGCGGCCAGCAUGCUGAGUCCACCAUUGGGCAAUGUUCUGCCCGAAUGGGAGCAGCAUAGGCAGCGAAGGACACAGGCGGCGGUAGCAGCAGCAGCAGCAGCAGCAGCACCGUCCCAGCAGCAGCAACAUCAUCAGCAGCAGCAGCAACAGCAGGCGGCGGUGGCGCCACCCCAGCGACAUAUAAUGCAUCGCAGGCACAGCGUGUGUGCCGCUGGACUGGCCAGCCUGUCGCCUGCCUCCUCGACGCACUCCUCUUCGACGGCCUCGCCAACGGCGGCGGCAGCGGCCUUGGCCGCAGCAUCCUACUAUGGAAGUGCAGCGGCAGCAGCGGCGGCGGCAUUUACGGCACCAUAUCAACACCAUCAUCAUCAUCAUGCUGCAGCGGCUGCGGCGGCCCACCAUCAUGCGGCAGCAGCAGCAGCAGCAGCGGCGGCAGCAGCGGCGGCCCAUCACACACACGGCCAGCCGUCGCCCACCAUCUAUCCACCCACUCCGCCGCCAUCGGCGCCCUGGGUGCAUCCUUGGUAUGCCGGUGAUGCCGCCUUCUGAGCAAGAGACCGUAGAUAGAGUAUAGAUCCUAGACAGAUUCAGAUCCCAAGGGGCAAGCAACUCAAGCCCCACACUGUACAUUCGAGUUUCUAGUUUGUUAAGCUAUUUAUUAAAACGACAAAAAGUAAAACAGAAAACAAAAAACAAAAAACUAAAACCUAGAGAGAAAGAUAGAGAGGUGUGUCCCCAAAACAUUUUUUUUGCGCGCGUGUUCUGGAGGAUAUUAGGUUGUAAGUAGGCUAACUAAAACAAUUUCUGGGCAUUAUAUGUCAACUAACCAAUAUUCGAGGGUAACCUUAUCGAUGAUAUAUGGACUAGAGCUGCUGGGAUUUCGUUUGGUCAAACAACAACAGCAAAACAACAAACAAACAUUUUUAACUGAGAACUCAAAGAACUGAUUACAUAUUAUUAUCAAAACACACACAAAGAGGGCAAUUCGUUUUCCUUUUUGAUUCGUUUGGAAUAUUUUUUCGUGGUUCAAAAGUCUUUUUCUAGAAAUAUUUACAUAAAUUAACAGAUAUAUGCUAAUACAUGUGUAAUAUAUAGGUAAAAAGAGCCAACAAACUCGUCAUAUUGUAAGCAAGAAAUUAAAUUUCUUGCGUUUCAAAACUAUGCAAAAAAAAAACUAACAUAAAAACUAAAAAUGCGAAUUAAGCGAAAGCAACUAUUCAAAAAGUGAGUCAAAUUUUGUAAGCUAGAAGAACAGAUCGCUAGAUCCUGAGAAAUUCCAUUUAAUAUUCAUUAUCGUCUUAUCAUUGUCAAGCAUUAUCAUCAAAAGAUCCCCAUUCGAGCAGCAAAGCGUAAAUCCUAAGCAACUGUAUGAUUUAACAAUUUCCAAAUCUUAAGAAAUAACAUAAAAAGCUACAACUAAAAAUUAAAAAUGCAAAAAACAAAAUUAUAAGUUGAGGAGGAAACACACACAAAAACAAACAAAAACCAGAAAACUAUGUUAAAAACAUACAAAAAAGAUAAUAUUAAUAUAAAAACAAAAAAAAAAAGAAAACAUUAUGUUAUAUACAGUGUAUGUAUAUCGAAAUAUAUAUGUAUGUGUAUGAAAUACUUGAAUAUCCGUUUUAUGGAUUUAAGCAACUUUUUUUUUAAAUAAUCAUAGUUAUUUUUUUUUGUAUUGGCGAAACAUAAGGAUAUUUAUUUAAUACUAUGUUGCUGAUGUUGCACUUAAAAUUUCCUUUUUCCUUGCUCACGCCACUCAUUUAUAUCCAUUUUAGUUCAGUGCUGUUAUUUAAUUAUCUUGGGCAAUUGUUUAAAGAAAUAUUAAUUGUAAGUCACAGAAACACUCACAUACACACAGACAGAGAGAGAAAACUAAGUAAAAGUAUAAUUAAAAACUUUAUUAUUGUUAGGUUUAAAAGCCGUCAAAGUAUUUAUCAAAGUGUGUUUUCAUUUUUGGCAGUGCAGCAAAAAACUAAAAGCAUAACGGAAAAUAAAGAAAUGAAGCAAAACUAAAAAGAAUCAA